AGGGUUUCGGUGUUGGGAGAGGAUUAUUAAUUGUUUUAUUAACAAUAAUAUGAUAACCAAUCAGAGUGCAGUGUCCUGACAGGAUAAUUUCGUGUUACCUUUGUACAGCUCGAUCCGGUGUCCAGUUCUUUCCGGUCCCCGGUUUUGUCUUUUCCUGUCAGUCCGCCCCCUUGUUAAUUUGUCUGGAGGUUUGAGAGUAAGGGAAGAUGUCUGCACUAUCACUAUCAGCGCUCGCUAAGGGGUUUGCAAGACGCUUCUGUUUAAACUCCUCGCGUUCCUUUCAUCUUAAUUUACUACAACAAUGCAGAAACAGGAAGAAUCUGCUCACCAGUUCGCAGCCAGGUCAUGUGGAUAUAAAACCAUUGGAAGGGAUUAAAAUAUUGGACCUGACCAGGGUGUUGGCAGGUCCAUUUGCAAGUAUGAUUUUAGGAGAUCUAGGAGCAGAAGUAAUUAAAGUAGAGAGACCAGGAGUUGGUGAUGAUACGAGAGCCUGGGGUCCUCCGUUUGUAGGAAAAGAAAGUGCCUAUUUCCUUAGUGUGAACCGCAACAAAAAGAGUAUUGCAGUAAAUCUUAAGGAUCCUAAAGGAGCAACUAUAAUCAAGGAGCUGGCAAGUGUUUGUGAUGUUUUCAUUGAAAACUAUAUUCCGGGUAAACUGGGAGAAAUGGGACUAGGUUAUGAAGACAUCAAGAAAGUUGCUCCCCAAAUUGUAUACUGUUCAAUUACAGGUUAUGGACAAACAGGACCAAUGUCCCACCGAGCUGGGUAUGACUCAAUAGCAUGUGCUGUCUCAGGACUUAUGCACAUAACUGGUCCACAGGACGGUGAUCCAGUCAGGCCGGGGGUGGCAAUGACUGAUCUUGCCACUGGUUUGUACACACAUGGAGCGAUCAUGGCUGGAUUACUACAGAGACACAAGACAGGAAAGGGGCAACACAUUGACUGUAAUCUACUCUCAUCCCAGGUUGCCUGUCUUACUCACAUAGCUGCAAAUUAUCUCAAUGGUCAAAAAGAAGCUAAAAGAUGGGGAACAGCACAUGAAAGCAUAGUUCCUUACCAGGCUUUCAAGACAAGGGAUGGAUACUUAGUUGUUGGUGCUGGAAAUGACCAUCAGUUUGUCAAAUUAUGCAAGAUCUUGAACCUAAUGAGACUGGCUGAAGAUCCAAAAUAUAAAACCAACAAAUUAAGGGUCCAGAACAGAAAAGAGCUUCUUGAAAUUGUGUCUGCGAGAUUCUCCGAAAAGAAGACUGACGAUUGGUUGCAAAUGUUUGAAGACACUGGUGUGCCCUAUGGCCCAAUCAACAGCAUACAGCAAGUUUUCUCUGAUCCCCAGGUUAUCCACAAUGGUCUUAUAAUGGAAAUGGACCACCCCUCUGCAGGACAGAUAUCUGUGCCAGGCCCUGCUGUUCGGUUCAGUGACUUUCAAGUGUCCAGUCCAAAACCUCCUCCUGUGAUUGGACAACACACCGUAGAGGUCCUGAAGAGCACACUGGCCUACGAUGAUGACUAUAUUAACGAGUUGAUGAAAGCUGGGAUCGUCACUCAAAAUAGCCAGCACUAAACUACCUGCACUACACUAUCUGCAAAAAAAAAAUAUCAGUUUUUAUUAUUGUACCAAAUUGUACAAGUAUUUUGAUAAAUGUGUUGCGAUUAAUUUAUGAAAUACAUAUCUGACGAGAAAAAGGAAACUGCAAAACCACUACCGGCAAGUUAAUGGCCUAAACAUAAUGAAAACUAGUUUUCUAGAAAUGAACUGUGGAAAUUGUACUGUAGCCAUGUCCAUGUUUUCUAAGUGUGUGAUAUUUCAUCCUUGAUAUGUAUCAUAAAGAAAGCUGAAAAAAAACACUAAGUUGUAUGAAAUCAAACCUAUCAAAUCAAUAUUUAAAACUUUUGAAAAAAAAAAUGUAUGAAGAUAGUCGCAACAUUAGGCAACCAAAUGUUGUAUACAUUAAUUUAUUGACAAUAAAACAUGUGCUUUUAUUUUAA